AUGCCGUUAAUUCUGUUAUGCGGGUAUCCUUGUUCAGGUAAAUCAACCAUUGUCUCUUUAUUAGCUGACAUACUAAAGCAACAUUUACCUCAUUAUUCAAUUCUUAUUGUCGAUGAAUUUAAAAGUGGUAAUCUACAAUCGAAAAUAACAACUAACUAUGAUAUCAGAUGUGAUAUUUAUGCAGAUUCCCUAAAAGAACGUGAAUUUCGCGGUCAACAAAAAUCAGAGGUUGAACGAGCACUUACACAAAGUCAAUCGACUAUAGUAAUCAUGGAUGCACCCAAUUAUAUCAAGGGCUAUAGAUACGAAUUAUAUUGCAUGGCCAAAUCUCAUAAACAUCAACAGAUUGUUUUAUUCAGUGAUAUCCCGCCUGAAAUUUCGGAACAUUGGAAUUCGAAAAUUAAUCGGUAUCCUGUUGAUCUGCUUUCGGAUAUGAUUAGCAGGUUUGAACGUCCUCAGUCUACACAGCGUUGGGAUAACCCACUUAUAACUAUUGAACCUCAUCUUUGGAACUCACCAAGCACUGAUAAUAUGGAGUCAGUAAUUAUACAAAUAAAACAGCUGCUAAACAAUAGAGGCAAAGGAAAGAUCCAACCAAACAAAUCAACACAACCGACAAUUAUUUCAUCAUCUAACUACCUACAAAAUCUGGAGAAUAUCACGCAGCAAGUCGUAGAUCAUGUCCUUCGAAGUCAAACCAGUGGUCUUUCAUCAGUCGAUCUCCCUAUGUGUUUCCAAAACGAGCAUAACCGAGAUGUAGUUCUUCAAAUCAACAACUCCGAAACUAAGUACACGAUUGGCAACCUUAUACGACUUAAACGCCGAUAUAUUGCGGUACAACGAUUAAAAUUUGAUCAGUUAAAUACAGUUUCGGAUGAUGCUUCGAUUGCAACAAACUUUUUGCAGUUUAUUUCGUUCAAUGGGGAUUUAUGUGAUGAUGAAGCCAGUUAG